AUGACCAAUGAAAAUGAUGACGAUGAUUUCGAUUUAGCAACUUAUAAAUUAAAAAAGAAGCAUGUUAAAGCAAGAAAAGACUGUCCAUAUUUAGAUACAGUUGAUAGAUCAGUAUUGGAUUUUGAUUUCGAAAAAAUUUGCUCAAUUUCAUUUCAUAAUCACAACGUAUAUGCAUGUUUAGUAUGUGGUAAAUAUUUUCAAGGUAAAAGCCAAGACUCUCAUGCCAACUAUCACUGUUUACAAACUGGUCAUCAUGUAUUUAUCAAUUUAAAAACCCAACAAAUUUAUUGUUUACCAGAUGAUUAUGAAGUUAUUGACUCAUCAUUGGACGAUAUUAAGUAUUUAUUAAAUCCAACAUUUACAACAGAGCAAAUUAAAGAACUAGAUAAAAAUACUAAAAAUUCUAAAGCAUUAGAUGGUUCAUUUUAUUUACCAGGUAUUAUAGGUUUAAACAAUUUAAAAAACACAUCCUAUGUAAAUGUUAUUAUUCAAUCAUUAGCAAGAAUACCAACUAUUAGAGAUUAUUUAUUGGACUUUAAUAAUAUUAGCAACUGCAAGUCAAUAUUGGUUCAAAGCUUUUCGGAACUCCUAAGAAAGAUUUGGAACCCAAGAAACUUCAAACCACAGGUAUCACCACACGAACUAUUACAAGCAAUUCAAAAUGCAAGUCAAAAGAAAUUUAAUAUUAGAGAAACUGCAGACCCAUUAGAGUUUCUUCAAUGGUUUUUAAACACACUUCAUAGAGAUUUAGGUGGAACAAAACAACCAAACUCCAGUAUAAUUUACAAAGCAUUAAGUGGUCAAAUCGAAGUUACAACGGAAAAACCAAUUAAAAACGAUGAUGAUAGCGAUGAUAGUGAUAGUGAAAUGAAGGAUGGCAAUAAAUCUAAAAAACCAGUUCAAUAUUCAACCAGCACAAUGAGAAACCCAUUCCUCUUCCUCACUUUAGACCUACCACCAAAACAAAUCUUUAAAGAUUCACAAGAGAAAAGCAUCAUUCCUCAAGUACCACUAUUCAAUCUUUUAUCCAAAUAUGAUGGCAACACAACCACUACAAUGCCAAAUGGUGAUCUCAAAAAAUAUAAAAUUAUUCAAUUACCAAAAUACUUAAUUUUGUGCAUCAAAAGAUUUUCAAAAAACAAUUUCUUUGUGGAAAAAGAGCCAACCAUUGUUAAUUUUCCAAUCAAGAAUUUAGAUUUAAGUAGCUAUUUACCACCUGAUGCUUCAAAAGCAAAAUACAAUCUUUUGGCAACAAUCAAGCAUGAAGGAGAGCCUAAUAGUGGUAAUUAUUCCGUAUAUAUUUUGAAUAAGGGUAAAGAUAAAUGGUUCGAAAUGCAAGAUCUAACUAUAAAAGAAACCAUGCCCCAAUUAAUAGCAGUUUCUGAAUGUUAUUUUUUAAUAUAUGAAAAAAUAAUGUGA